AUGGUGCACGCCCUGGCGCUCCGCGACCAGUCCUCCGUGCUGACCAGGCCGCCGGCGCUGCCCCUGACCGUCUGGCAGGGCGCGGCGCCGCCCGGGACGCCAUGCCGGCCCUCCCUGGACGCAUGCUGCCUGCAGGAUGCCAGUGGGGCGAUCCGCCGCGCGCGCGCCUCCCAGGUGCCGUGCCUCAAGCCCGCGAUCGCUCGAGGAAGGCCGCUGGCGCCCGUGCAGGCCAUGUCGACCCCUCUGCCAACGGAUGUCCACGAGCGUGGGCCAAAUGAUGGGGCCAUGACGCUCAGGCCGCUGCCCGUCCACCUGCUGGAGAAUGCCGCCGACGACCCCACCCUGGGGAACCCGCUGCUGCGGCACAAGCGCAUGGGUACGGACUGGAUGGGCGUGAUUGUGGACUACGAGGGCGUGCUGGUGGAGGACACAUCCGGGCGGCACACGGAGGCGUGGCUGCGGCUGGCGGAGGAGGAGGGCAAGCCACCGCCGCUGACGCAUGCGCUCAAGCGGGCUGCGCUCAUGAAGGCGGAGCAGGCGAUCAUGGAGGUGCUGUGCUGGGGUCGGGAGCCGAACUACGUGCGCCGGGUGGCCCAGCGGAAGGACGAAAUCUACAGGGAGCUGCUGGGCGACUGGCGCCCUUCCGAGAUGCCGGGAACGAGGAGUUUUCUGGAGAGUCUGCGAACUCAGCAGGUUCCCGUUGCUGUGUGUUCCGUGGAAAAGAGCUUUGUGCAUGAGGACAUCAAGCGCCUGGGGUUGGAGCCCUAUAUCAGUGAGGUGGUGGCCGCAGAUGACAUAGAGAGGUGCCGACCUGAUCCAGAGGCCUAUGCGUAUGCAGCUCAGAAAUUGGACCGCCCGACUGUGAGGUGCAUCGUGGUGGGCGCAUGCAACCAGUCCAUCGAGGCUGCCCAUGACUGCAGCAUGCAGUGUGUAGUAGUUGCCGGCCAGAAGCCUCUCUAUGAAUACAGGGCAGCAGAUCUGGUGGUGAAGCAGUUGGACGAGGUGGCAUUCAUUAACCUGAAGCAGCUUUUCAGAGAAGAGGAAGGGGUGGAGCCUCAGGUGGGCAAUGAUGGGCUGUUUUGA